UGAAGAUGAUAAAAUGACACUUCUUGAUGAAUAUGAAAGUCAUGUUGAAAGUGCUAGACAUCAGAGGGAGCAAUAUAGAAUGCAGUGUGAUGACUCUAAAGUUACAUGUAGUGAAAACAUUACAGUUGAAGGUGCAGUAUCAUGUUCCUUAGAUGCAACCGUCCACUACAGCUGGGACUUUGCACAGCAGGUUCAUAUUCCACACCAUAGCCAACAGGUUGGACCCCUGUAUUUCAAAACUGCCAGGAGAUGUGAGGUAUUUGGAGUUUGCUGUGAAGGAUCUGAGAAACAGGUGUUUUACCUUGGUGAUGAGGGUGUUGCCCCAGGCAAAGGAGCAAACACAGUUGUCAGCUACCUCCACCAUUACCUUGAAAACUACGGCCUGGGUGAGGAACAUGCCCAGUUCCAUUUUGACAAUUGCCAAGGACAGAACAAAAAUAAUGCAGUUCUUGGUUAUGCUGUGUGGAGAACAUUGACGGGAGGGCAUAAGACAAUCCAAUAUUCAUUGAUGCUAGCCGGCCACACCAAAUUCUCAUGUGAUUGGCAUUUUGGAGUGUGGAAAAACAGAUGGAGACACAUGGAUGCAGAGACAGUUGAGGAGGUGGCUUCCACAGUAGCAAUGUCAUCCCGUAAUGGCCACAACAUCCCCCAUAUUGUUGAUGGCAACAGCAAACCAGUGUUGUUCUAUGACUGGAGCACCUUCUUCAAAGGCAUGUUCAAACCAUUGAAGAACAUUUCGAAAUACCAUUCAUUUGAGGUGUCUUCUAACGAGCCUGGGGUUGUAAGAGUAAGGAAGUUUGUUGAUGCCCCUGAGGAGAAAAUUAACAUACUGAAAACCUGCCAAGUGGAUAUUUGUGUUAUGCCAGAGCAGAUCUUUGGUGAGGGAAUAAAUGCUGAAAGGCAAUGGUACUUGCAUGAUGUAAUAAGAGACUUUUGCAGAUCGGAUCAUGCUAAAAACACAACAUGCCCUUUGCCAUUAGUUGCAAAAGAAGGCUAUUCAAAGGCCAAAAAACAAAAGUUGAAAUAGGUAACUUUAUUGAGAACACUUUCUGUGUGUGUUUCAGCAAAAGGUAUAGUUUGUGUCUUGCUAUAAACAGAUUGGCAUGUAUAAGUUGAAGUUUAAUGUUUUCAUUUUCAUUCAAAGAAUAUAUUUCUUAGUGUAACAUUGAUAAAAUAUUUAUGAUUUUAGAUAAAAUAUUUAUGAUUUUAGGAAUGUAUGGUUUCCAUGGCAACCAAAAGUAACAAACUUGAUUGAUCAUUGAAUACCUAUGCAUAAACGUGUAUUUCAUUUAUGGGAAUAUCAUUGAACAGUUGGCCAUCUAUAAGUAAAGUAUGAUGGCACUCAUAUUUUCCAUACAUGACUGCAGUAUAAUAUUCAAGUGUACAUUAUAAAUCUACAUGUUAUAACUUUAUAGUUAUACAUACAUAUAGUUUCAAUGUUCCUUGCUUUAUGUUUGUUCUCAAUUUUGUCAAAUAAGGCAUGUGUCAAUGCUUUCCUUGUAAAUACAUUUCAGUCUGUGUCAUCUUACAACUCUAAACUAAUGAAAUGAGCAAAAAUAUGAACUAUUCUAGGUAUAAGUAAGUUUCUAUGGCAACCAAAUAAAACAUGUCUUCCUAUUGAAAUAAAAAAAAAAUUGAUUUCACCAGACAAGUUACAUCUUUUAAAUAAUUGCUUGUUUUAAAAUAAUGUGUUUGUGUUUUGAUCAAUACAAUGAUAAGCUCACUACUUUUGAUCAAUUUACCUUGUUUAAGAAAAGUGGCAGAUUUUCUUCACAGGGUCUAUUGUUAAUUGCUGUAAACAUUCUAUUUUACUACAUAGCUGGCUGAAAAUUUAAUGCUGUACUGAAAUAUUUCCUGCAAACAUAACAUAUCAAAUUCAAAUGUGAUUUUAUGUAUUUAAGCAGUUUUUUGCGUUUAUUUGGAUAAAUUUCUCGUGAAAAAAUUGUAGUCAUGGCAACCGUUUUUUAUGAAAUGCACAUGUAGUGUUACAUUCUCCAUAAAUGAUGUUAUUGAUGUUAUGAUAAUGUUUCCACAAAAAUAAAAAGUGUUGCAUUCUAUUUCAAUGGAAUACAGACUCUUAAAAUCAAGGUAGUUGUAUUUACUUAUGUUUCCAUUUCCUUCAUUGUUUUCGCCAUUUUAUAACAAAUAGUGGUAUCGCGAAAUUUGUCCUCAAUCAGUCAAUUUUAAAGAUAUCAGCUUAAAACUUCAGGACUUUAUUUCUGAAACAUAGCACAUUCAGAAAAUGUAAAAACCUGAAAAAGUCAUUUUUCCUCAUUAGGACCCAUUUUCGCAGACUUGGUCACAUAUAUGUAUUAUGCAUAUUUCAUGUAUGUGUUAUGUCUGAUUAAUGCUUGGUGUUUGAUGCUUUUGA